CACAGUUAGCUGGUGCCUUGCAGUGUCGUCGAGAAGUCGAAGGUCACUGGAGAGCCUCAGAAUAGAGUUGGAGCAGAGCAAGCACAAAAUGAAGCAGGUCAAUGGUAGCCACCAGAGGGCGCCGACACUGAGGGGCCUGGAGAGAAGAGUGGAGGGUUCUGGAAAGAGCACUGGACACAUAGAGCAACUGUGGAUGAAUGAGAUGAAGGGGAAAAAAGACAUCUCUGGCAGCACAGAGAGGUCAAGGAGCCUGUGCAGACUUCCAUCAGAUUACACUGAUGCUGUUUUAAAUGGUUCCUCCCAACCUUCUAUUACUGCCCCAAUAGAAUCUACUCCUCAGAGUAAAACUCCAGCAUUAAUUUUAGACCAGCAAAACAACAUAACCAACUCCAUUAAAGACAAGAAAGUGGAGCAUUCACUCCCACAAACAUGCACUUCUUCGGUUUUAGAUGUGACAAAUAAAAUCAGCAGAACGAGGACGCAGGAGGAUUUCCCAUCAGGACUCAGGUCGCUGAGGCUUCAUGGAGGCUCCAGGCGGAACUCCCUGCUUCGCUGGUGCCAAUGCAGAACUCAGGGCUACAAGAAUAUUGAAAUCACCAAUUUCAGCAGUUGCUGGGUGGACGGUUUGGCCUUUUGUGCCAUUUACCACAGUUACCUCCCCUCUCACAUACCAUAUAGCAGACUCAGUCCAGAAAACAAGAAAGAAAACCUCACUCUAGCGUUCCAGACUGGAGAAGCAUUUGGAAUCUCAACAUCACUGACAGUGGAGGAGAUGCUGAAAGACGAUGCACCAGAUUGGCACAGAGUUCUGGAAUAUGUUGAGAGCAUCUACCGCCAUUUUGAGAUGUGAGAAUCUGGAGAUUUACACAUCUUGAUUAUUUACGGUGAUCACGAAUGAUUAUGACCAUGGGAAGUGUACCUGUUGGACUGGGAUCAGAUUUUAAAUUACUAAGAGGAUAGUAUUUUUAAGAGCUGGUUAGCAUGACAUGCUAACUGUGCCAUAUGUUUCGACUUCUCGCAAACAACAAAUGAGUUGCUCGUUUCACUAUAUUAUAUUGAAGUGCACUUAAAAGUGGACUAAAGACUUGUGACGGUGUGCUUUCUUGAUACGCCAUUAGUCAAUCAGCAUUUACAGUACAAGUGAUUACACCAGAAAAUGUGUGCUUUGAACUGAGAGCAGUUUCGGAGAUGUACCGGAAUGAUUGUUGAUUGUUGUUCAUCCUCUUUGAGUAUUAAAGACCUUCUGAGGAAUUCCUGAAGAAGAUCAGAGUGUCUAUGAAUUGGUAGAGUCUGUCAAAGCUUUUUAUUGCUGCUUUCUGCCCUCUGUUGGUCUUCAUACGGGAUUGCAGGUUUCAUUUUUUUAUUUUGUUUCUUUCAUUCGUGUUCAUAAAGGAGUAAAUUUACUACAGUGUGAAUCGCAGAGCACAGAAAUCUUUACUCCUGUAUGUUUGCCAUGUUUUAUUUGCCGUGGUGUUAAAUGCAGCUCUAAUAUCCCGGUUAGUUUUUGUUGUUGUUGUUGUUAUUUUUGUUCCAACUCUGAUAACCUGACUUUAUCCUUCGUGAAAAGUAUUAGAAAAUAAAUUUCCAAAUACAGAAAGCAUUUAAUAAAUAAACAUUUUUAUUUAUGCUA